GUUAAACGCUGUAGAAGAAGAAACAGCGUCACUACUGCUAACAAUGGCAGCCGCUUUCACGGAGUUGCGGAUGGAUCAACUGCCCACAGACCCGCUGCUGCACAUUUUAUCCUACUUGGACUUCAGGGACUUGAUGCACUGCAGCUUUGUCAGCAGGCGCCUGAACGAGCUCUCUAAGCACAAUCCUCUUUGGAAGUCUCAGUGCUGCAAACACUGGCUGCUGACAGAUGACGACCGACUGCAGAGCGGUGUGUCCUGGUUCUGCCUCUUCAAGCAGUACUACACUGAUCUGGGCCGGUACAUCCAGUAUUACGCAGUGCUGAAGAGGGCGUGGGAGCAGCUCAAGAGCUUCCUACAGCAGAGGUGUCCACGAAUGAUCGCAUCACUCAAAGAGGGCACCACCGAGGUGGAGCUGAAUGACAUCGAGGCGCAGAUCGGCUGCAAGCUCCCAGACGACUACCGCUGUUCCUACCGCAUCCACAACGGUCAGAAGCUGGUCAUCCCAGGGCUGAUGGGCAGCAUGUCUCUGUCCAACCACUACCGCUCGGAGGUGCUGCUGGAUGUGGAGACGGCGGCCGGCGGCUUCCAGCAGAGGAAGGGGAUGAGGCGCUGCCUGCCGCUCACCUUCUGCUUCCACACCGGCCUCAGUCAGUAUAUGGCGCUGGAGCCUGCUGAGGGGCGCCAGAUGUUUGAGAGCUUCUACCCCUGCCCGGAUCAGACGGCUCAGGAUCCUUCAGCCAUCGACAUGUUCAUCACAGGCUCAUGUUUCUUGGAGUGGUUCACGACCUAUGUGCACAACGUCGUCACGGGAGAGUAUCCAAUCAUCAGAGACCAGAUCUUCAGGUAUGUGCACGACAAAAGCUGCGUGGCAACCACCGGUGACAUCACCGUCUCCGUUUCUACCUCCUUCCUGCCAGAGCUUUCGUCCGUCCAUCCGCCACACUUCUUCUUCACCUACCGCAUCAGAAUAGAAAUGUCCAGCAGCGCCUCGCCUGAAGCUGCCUGUCAGCUCGACAGCCGCUACUGGAAAAUCACCACCUCCGACGGCAACGUGGAGGAAGUCCAGGGUCCCGGCGUGGUCGGGGAGUUCCCGGUCAUGACGCCUGGAAAAGUACACGAGUACGCCAGCUGCACGACCUUCUCCACCUCGUCAGAGUACAUGGAGGGUCACUACACCUUCCACAGACUUGCAAGUAAAGAGGAAGUUUUCCACGUGGCCAUACCUCGUUUCCACAUGGUCUGCCCCCCCUUCAGACCCGUGGCCCGAACGCAGCAGAAGGCGCUGGCUAGCUACACGCCUCGCUUCGGCGACCACGACGACGACCACGACGGCGAGUACUGCGAUGGAGACGGCGAUGACUUCGACGACCUUAGGGGAAUCAACAUGGCUACCUUGGAGGGAGCAUGGUGUCCUCGACACAUCUGACCUCUGACCUUCCAAUACCGUAACAUGCUGAUGUCAGUAAUUGAGUCGAUGAACAUUAAGCUUCCGUAUGGCCUUUGAUUGACUUACAGCAGGGGAUUAUGGGACGGGUUGUACCAAUGAACCAACCAAGCAGAGCCAUACGGGGACUGAGUCGCACCAACUUCCAGCUGCCAGUGAAACAAAAUCAAAAUGUGAAGGUGCAGUUUUAUAGAAAUGGUCUUUUUCUGUUGGGUGUUUAAGCUUUUGUCAGGACACUGUUUGAUAAGUGAGGAUGAGACGGGCUGGACGCCACUGGCGUUGACCUUUUAAAGGAGCAUCGUGGUUAUCUGUAGCUCCCAAACAAACACAGCAGGGAACAAACUGACGUCAGUGGCUUCAGGUUCCAGUUUAGAAUAAGAAAAAAGCCGAUUUGUGUCGACUACGAGACUUAAAUCUGGAGGUUUUUUGUGAAAUGGAAAAAAUGUGGGGCUGUUACUUUUGUCCAUAAGAUUUUAGUUCUCAGAGGGAUAAUGCUUCUCCUUCUUUAAAUGAGAAAAGCCGUG